AAUUCCCGUCGAUGCAUGUUCCAGGAAGUGGAGUCGUGAUGUCAACAGAUGCACGGUGCUGUCGACAUGGAACUUCCACACAUUUUUGUCAUUAAAUGCUGUUUUCGGCGUUAAAUUCACCAGUUUGAGAAUGAGAGGCGUUUGUCACAACAUUUUGUUGCUAUCCCUUUUGCUGUUAUUCGUUAAUCCGUGCGUGCCUCAGCGAGGUAAGAGGGACGACUCGUUGGAGCGACGUGGGAGAGAUGACGACGACGGACAGGAUGUAAACCAAAACGACAAUCCUUUAGUUAAACACCAGCAAGCAUCGAUAAAACAUGAUAAUAAGGAUGGACUCGAGUCACAGGACCCCCGACAGGAUGGACCGUCUGUCAGCAAGUCCAAUGACACGGAUAACAACAGCAAUGAGACCCUCCGGUCUACAACACCUGCCACCAAGCCGACUACUCCAGUACCCCCUACUCCCAAGCCUAUUCUGCCUGUUCAGACAGGCGUUAAGGCCCAAGAAGAGGAGCAGUCCAGUGGGUUGACCAUAUUCUUUAGCCUGCUGGUUAUCGGUAUCUGCAUCAUAUUGGUGCACCUGCUUAUCAAGUUCAAGCUACAUUUUCUUCCAGAGAGUGUGGCUGUCGUGUCCCUCGGGAUUCUAAUGGGAGGCUUCAUUAAGCUCAUUGAGUUCCAGGAACUUGCCAACUGGAAGGAGGAGGAAAUGUUCCGACCCAACAUGUUCUUCCUUUUGCUGCUGCCGCCCAUCAUCUUUGAAUCUGGAUACUCUUUACAUAAGGGAAACUUCUUCCAGAACAUUGGCUCCAUUACUCUCUUUGCUGUGAUUGGCACAGUCUUCUCUGCCUUCAUAGUCGGAGGAGGGAUCUAUUUCCUUGGGCAGGCGGACGUGAUCUAUAAGAUGUCCAUGACUGAUAGCUUUGCCUUCGGCUCUCUGAUCUCGGCCGUGGACCCUGUGGCUACCAUCGCCAUCUUUAACGCCCUCAACGUGGACCCAGUCCUCAACAUGCUGGUGUUUGGUGAGAGCAUCCUCAACGAUGCUGUCUCCAUUGUCCUCACCAACACAGCCGAGGGGUUCUUUUCCCACUCAGACAACUCCACGGUAACAGGCUGGGAGACUUUUAUACAGGCGUUGGGUUAUUUCCUUCGAAUGUUUUUCGGUUCUGCCGCCCUGGGAACCCUCACCGGACUCAUCUCGGCUCUUUUUCUAAAACAUUUUGAUCUGAGGAAGACUCCUUCACUGGAGUUUGGUAUGAUGAUCAUCUUUGCAUACCUUCCUUAUGGCCUCGCAGAAGGAAUCAAACUGUCAGGAAUAAUGUCCAUCCUGUUUGCUGGGAUUGUGAUGUCCCACUACACCCAUCAUAACUUGUCUCCUGUUACUCAGAUCCUCAUGCAGCAGACUCUGCGCUCAGUGGCCUUUAUGUGUGAGACAUGCGUGUUCGCCUUCCUUGGGCUUUCCAUCUUCAGCUUCCCUCAUAAGUUUGAAAUAUCCUUCGUCAUCUGGUGCAUAGUUUUGGUUCUUCUCGGCCGAGCGGUGAACAUCUUCCCUCUGUCGUUCCUGCUGAACUUUUUCAGAGACCACAAGAUCACACCCAAAAUGAUGUUCAUCAUGUGGUUUAGUGGUUUACGGGGUGCUAUCCCCUACGCCUUAAGCCUUCAUCUGGGCCUGGAGCCCAUCGAGAAGCGGCAGCUAAUCGGCACCACCACCAUCAUCAUCGUCCUCUUCACCAUCCUCCUCCUCGGGGGCGGGACCAUGCCCCUUAUCCGCCUCAUGGACAUCGAGGAAAGCCAGUCGCGACGGAAGAACAAGAAAGACAUCAAUCUCAGCAAGACGGAGAAAAUGGGCAACACCAUCGAGUCCGAGCACCUAUCAGAACUGACAGAGGAGGAGUACGAGGCUCAUAUCUACCAGAGACAAGAUCUGAAGGGCUUUAUGUGGCUCGAUGCUAAAUACCUUAACCCCUUCUUCACUCGCAGGCUAACCCAAGAGGACCUGUUACAUGGCCGGAUCCAGAUGAAGACCCUCACAAACAAGUGGUACGAAGAAGUUCGCCAGGGACCUUCGGGCUCUGAAGAUGACGAGGAUGAAGCAGAACUCUUGUGAAGUGAACAAACACUCUCAAAAGAACGGACGAAUGUUGUGUCCUUGGCUGUGGGAGUGUUUGUUUUAGCUCCAGGUUGUGUUUUUUCAGUGUCGGUCACAUGCACUUUUUUUUUUUUUUCCCAUUUGCUUACCUCUUUCUUAAUGUGACAGAAGAGUGUAUGUCAGUACAAAGCAUCAACCUCCGGUGUUGAAGAAUGAAGCCAAUGCGGAUGUGAAAAAUGCUGCAGUUCUUUGAGGGUCUGCUCAAUGCUGGUUCCAGAAGUCCUGGAAGUCACAUACACAAACCAUUCGAAAAAGCCAAUUUUUACAGCAGAAAUGAACAUGUUUACAGCCUGAUUCAAAAAAUGAAAUUGGUCUGAUUAGUAAUUGUCCUCACAGGCACACUCUGUACUGUGAUUUUUUUUUUUUAGAUAAUCUGUUUUAAUUUUCUGAACGAUACGUGUUAUCCGUAGUUAGGCGCGAUGUAACGGUUUGUCAGGAGGCUUUAAACCCUCCUCAGCUCCGGCUCUAAGCCUGUUGAUAGGUUGGCUGAGACAGGAUGUCCAGAUGAGCCUCCAGAGCCCCCCUGCCGCAGCAGAUGGGUGACAUCACUCAGGCUUCGUACAUUAAUAUUUACAGUCUAUGGUCAGUACACAAAAUGACUGGAAGGUUUCAGAACAACGUGAAGUUGGAGUAAAACUGGAUGAGAAUUGGCAACAAUGGCUGAAGUAGAGAAAAAAAGAUGUUCCUCAAACCAAGGCCAUGAUGUUUAUUAUGUGUUCUAUAAUGGUCUUUUAUUUAGAAUUAAAUCUUAGGAGAAAAUGGAGGGAAUCAGAAAGGGAUCAUUUCCUUGCAAAGCAAUACUAAAGCACCUUUUCACGUUUUCUCUUCCCUUUUGUAUUUGUCGUUGCUAUGUGGCGCUGCGUUCAUUUUUCAAGUGGAAUUUGUAAUACGUCACAGCUGGCUGCUUUGAACAGCUUUCCUAAGAACAAGAUUUAAUUCUCUCGGGGUCUCUCUCCACGUUUGUCUGCAUUAAUGAGUCCGAGUUAACUCACAUAUUCAUACUGUGUAAUGAAAAUAAAAUACCGACAGUGAUGCAUGAGCUGCACUGAACUGCACCCCCCACUCCCCCCAGCAGCAGAGAUAAACAAGUGAAAUGUGGUGGGUAAAACUAAUAGAACGCUGAAAACCCAUCUUAAAGGACAAUACUUAUGCAGCAGGUAAUUGGAAAUAGUUUUUAUUUCAAAGUACGUUUUCAUAUGAUGGAUAUACGUAUGGAUUCCCUAAAUGACCUCUGUGUUUACUUUCCCUCUCUGCUGUGAGUCUUGCCACUACAUUGUGUAAAAGCAGAACGUGACAUGUUGAUUUUGUGAUUUUCACUGAAGAUUUCCUGUGAAUAUGAGCACCAAUGAAUGUGAGGGUAACUGGGAGAAUGUCUUGUGAAUGUUUAUGGGUUUGUUUUCUAUUUAUUUAUCAGAUGUUUAUGUGCUGUUUGUGGGAUAAAGGCUUUUUUAUACAAGCUCAGAGCACUGCUGAGCUUUAGAAGAUAUCUAUAAUAAAAACGAAUACAAACAUCUUAUAUGUUGCAUUCAAUAAUGGGGAAAGGGCUGUGUAAGAGAUUGUUUUGCUCAUUCUCCCGAAUGCCUUAAGAAAUAAAAUGCUCCUUUUUUGACUGGAAAAAUUAAUAAUAAAUAGAAACAGAAAAUCAAAUCAAAC